GUUCUUUGCGGAGCUCACUUGGAACCACUUGGUUUGUACAUCUACGCGGCCACCACUUUUUUACCACAGCGAGACAGGGCAACUCGCUGGACAACAAGCGUGGCUGGACAAGGCAGAACGCGCAGGAAGAACGAGGCCUCUGCGCUUGAUCUGCUCACCUGCCCUUUCCCACGUCCACCACCUUCGCCACUCGCGAGGUUUUUCCAUACAGCGCGUCUACUGCCCCAUUCGCCGCAGAGGCUGAGUCGCGUCGGUGACGACUGCGGCCCGCUCAAUCAGCUGCCAUGGAUGGCGAUUCGGCUCCCGCUCGCCGCCCAAGAGCACCUACCAUUACCAUUGAUACGACAGACGUGAGCCAGGACCAGGCCACCGAACCCGGGCCUGACACCGGAGAACGCCCACCUGCCGCGUCCAACCCGCCAGUGGCCGGCGCAAACCCCACCGACGGUGCAUCGAGCUCCCACAAGCGCAGUUCCUCCCAACCAAGAGUCGACGCCCAAGCCCCAAGGACCUCCGAGGCGAGGGAUAGCCGGCCAACCAGCCCACACAAUGUCUCCCACCCUCUGUCGUUUCGGGGAAACGGCCCUACGCAGGGCUUCCUCGCCGUCCCCAACACGGAGCGCUCCCGCCAGAAUUCGGUCAAUUCGACAGACGAUGCCCGCUCUCUCACGUCUUCUCAAGGGGACACCUACGUUGCUGGUUCGUCGUCAGGGGAGAAGGGUAGCCCUCCACUUCGAUCGGGGACCGACAAGAUCAUAAACGACCCAGACGCGCUCAAGCCGGACCAGGGAAGGGAAGACGAUUUUAAGGUGGAGGACAACCCGUUCGCGUUCAGCCCCGGCAUGCUCGGCAAGAUGUUCGACCCCAAGAGCUUGUCGGCCUUCUACAAGUUGGGAGGGCUUGCUGGAAUCGAGAAGGGGUUGCGAACCGACCGACACGCGGGUUUGAGCGUCGACGAGGCCGCCCUUCCCGGCUCCGUCUCCUUCGAGGACGCGACGUCGCGCGCCUCACAGAAAGCCCUGACCGAGGGUGUCGGGGCUGGCAGACCGGACAGCCCUCCCGCCGCGUCGGGGAGGAAAGACGCGCCGAACGAGGCUUUCUCCUCGAGAAAACGCGUCUUCCGGGACAACAGGUUACCCGAGAAGAAGGGGAAGAGCCUGCUCCAGCUGAUGUGGAUCACGUACAACGACAAGGUGCUCAUCCUGCUGUCCGCCGCUGCACUCGUCUCGCUCGCCAUUGGUCUCUAUCAAACGUUCGGUCAGGAACACGACCCCGAGAAUCCGGCCGUCGAGUGGGUCGAGGGUGUGGCGAUUAUCGUGGCCAUCGUCAUCGUCGUUAUGGUCGGGUCUCUCAACGAUUACCAGAAGGAGCGCCAGUUCGCCAAGCUGAACAAAAAGAAGCAGGACCGCCUGGUCAAGGCGGUUCGAUCCGGAAAGACGGUUGAGAUCUCAGUUUUCGACGUCCUGGUCGGUGACGUCCUGAAGCUUGAGCCUGGCGACAUGGUCCCUGUCGACGGCAUCCUCAUCGAGGGCUUCAGCGUCAAGUGCGACGAGAGCCAGGCAACCGGUGAGAGCGAUAUCAUCCGCAAGCGGCCUGCGGACGAGGUCUACGCGGCCAUCGAGAACCGCGAGAGUCUCAAGAAGAUGGACCCCUUCAUCUUGUCCGGUUCCCGCGUCAUGGAGGGUGCCGGCAGCUUUCUGGUCACCUCGACGGGCAUCCACUCAUGCUACGGCAGGACGAUGAUGGCCCUGAAUGAGGAUCCCGAAAUCACGCCUCUGCAGUCCAAGCUCAACGUCAUCGCCGAGUACAUCGCUAAGCUUGGUGGCGCCGUGGCGCUGCUGCUGUUCCUCGUCCUCUUCAUCAUCUUCCUCGUCCGUCUUCCGCGACAGUAUGCACCCUUGACGCCGGCUCAGAAAGGACAACACUUUAUUGAGAUUUUCAUCGUCGUGGUUACCAUCGUGGUCGUCGCUAUUCCCGAGGGGCUCCCGCUCGCUGUUACCCUGGCGCUGGCUUUCGCCACAACCCGCAUGCUCAAGGACAACAACCUCGUCCGUCACCUCAAGGCCUGCGAGGUCAUGGGCAAUGCGACCACGAUCUGCUCUGACAAGACGGGCACACUCACCCAGAACAAGAUGCAAGUGGUUGCGGGCACCGUCGGUACGACCCAUCGGUUUGGUACUACGUCCGCGCCGGACGAAGAACAGGACCCUGCCGAGAGGGAGAUCACCAUCGCCGAGUUUGUCUCGGCCCUCAGCCCCGAGGUGAAGGAGUUGGUGCUGAAGUCCAUCUCGCUCAACUCGACCGCAUUCGAGGGCGACAACAACGGGGAGAUGACAUUCAUCGGCUCCAAGACCGAGACGGCGCUGCUCAUCCUGGCGCGGCAACACCUAGCGAUGGGUCCGGUCAGCGAAGAGCGAGCUAACGCCAAGAUCUUGCACCUGAUCCCCUUCGACUCCGGCCGCAAGUGCAUGGGCGUGGUCGUCCAACUGGAGAACGGCAAGGCGCGGCUCUAUGUCAAGGGCGCGUCCGAGAUCAUGCUGGAGAAGUGCACCCAGAUCCUACGCGACCCUUCCACCGGCCUGUCCGCUGCGCCCAUGACCGAGGAUAACCGCCAAACCAUCACGAAGCUGAUCGAAACGUACGCUCGGAAUUCGCUGCGCACCAUCGGCAUCAUCUACCGGGACUUUGACCGGUGGCCGCCGAGGAACCCUCGUCGCACCGGUGAGAAGGAGGAUAUUGUCUUUGAAGACAUUUGCCGGAAUAUGGUCUUCGUUGGCAUGGUUGGUAUCAAGGAUCCGCUACGCCCCGGCGUCCCCGAGGCGGUCAGGCUCUGCCAGAACGCCGGUGUUGUGGUUCGUAUGGUCACCGGAGAUAACAGGAUGACGGCCGAGGCGAUUGCUCGGGACUGCGGGAUCCUCCAGCCCAACAGCAUAGUCCUUGAAGGGCCCGAAUUCCGCAACAUGACCCAGGAGCAGCAGUACGAGAUUAUCCCCCGCCUGCACGUUUUGGCGCGCUCCAGCCCCGAAGACAAGCGCAUUCUGGUCAAGCGCCUCAAGGACAAGGGCGAGACCGUUGCGGUUACCGGAGACGGCACCAACGAUGCGCCCGCCCUGAAGAUGGCCGACAUCGGCUUCUCCAUGGGCAUUGCCGGCACCGAGGUUGCCAAGGAGGCGUCCGCCAUUAUCCUGAUGGACGACAACUUCAACUCGAUCGUCAAGGCGCUGAAAUGGGGCCGUGCCGUUAACGAUGCGGUCAAGCGCUUCCUCCAGUUCCAGCUCACCGUCAACGUCACCGCCGUGGUUCUCACCUUUGUCUCGGCCGUCCAGAGCGCGGACCAGACCGCUGUCCUGACGGCCGUGCAGCUUCUAUGGGUCAACCUCAUCAUGGACACGCUCGCUGCGCUGGCCCUCGCGACAGACCCGCCGCAGGAUAGCGUGCUGAACCGCAAGCCCGAGCGCAAGGGCGCCUCGAUCAUCUCGACGACCAUGUGGAAGAUGAUUCUCGGCCAGGCCGUGUAUCAGUUGCUGAUCACCUUCUUGAUAUACUUCGGUGGCGUCGAGGUCCUUCCGGGUCCCGAUGACAUGACCGAGGCGCAGAUCCACACGUUGGUCUUCAACACAUUCGUCUGGAUGCAGAUCUUCAAUCAGUGGAACAACCGACGCUUGGACAACAACUUCAACAUCUUCGAGGGCAUGCUCAAGAACCCCUAUUUCAUUGGCAUCAGCGCCAUCAUGUGCGGAGGCCAAGUCCUGAUCGUCAUGGUGGGCGGCGACGCAUUCCGCAUCGCGGACGAGGGCCAGACAGCGGUAAUGUGGGGCAUCGCCAUCGUCCUGGGCGUCCUCUCGAUCCCAGUGGGUGUGAUCAUCCGCCUCAUCCCCGACGAGCUCCUCGAGGCCCUGGUUCCAGAGUCGCUCAAGCGCAAGGCCAACUCCAAGGUGCCCGGUGUCACCGUGUCGGGCGACGACGACGAGCGCUUCGCUGCGUAUCCCGAGCCGCUCGCCGACGUCAGGGAUCAACUCGCCUGGCUCAAGCGCUUCAAGGGUGGCCGCCUCAACAACCUCAAGUUCGCCAUGCGCCACCCGCGCGAGACCUUCCUGCCCCGCCGGAGCCCCGCGCCCAGCCGUGAACCCUCGCGGUCGGGUUCGAGCGCGCGCCUGCCGCAGACGCCCACCCGCGAGGACAGCUACGGCUCGGUUGCGCCGACCCCCGACUCGCGGCGGCCCAGCCGGAGCAUCCGCUCGCGGUCGAACAGCGCUCUUGGCGCUGCGACGGUCAUGACGGGCAUCGUGGCCGGCAGCAUCGCCGCGGGCUGGUCGCCGAUCGACCGCCGGGGCGAGCCCGACUUUGGGCAGUUCCCGCGGCCGAGCCCCGGGCACGAGCAAGAGGCCAACAAGCAGUCCGUCUUUGGCGGCGAGCAGGUCCUGUCAGACGAGCCACAGGAGAUGGGCGGUGCUGCCACGCCGGACCCCGUGGUCAACCAGGACGUUCCGAUCCUCAGCGUGCCCAAGCCGCCCAAGUCGCCUGCCACCCCUACUGCCGCUGGUGGCCCACCUCCUAAGGCGGACGAGUGAACUAGAGAGCGGCCCGCGCCGAGUCAAACUGUCUAUAUUGUACCAUUAAGGGCUGUACAAAGAAAGCACCAAGGCGAAGUGCGAAGGAAUGGGUUACCAGCAAGGGAUAGAGCAAUCAGAGGUUAGAGGGAA